GAAUUUUUGUGCUCCUGACCUAAAAAGAGGUUAGUUUAAAAGUAUUUGCUGUAACAGGGUUAAGAUCAUGUGUGUUGCUGUUAAUAGAUUCUGUUUUUCUUUCUAUUGCAGGGCAACCAAGAAUGAAUGCUUUGGUAGAAGAAGAGCAAGCUCUGCAUGCACUGAACCUACAGGAUGACUGAUAAGACUGUUUUUUAGACUAGCUCUCCCUUCUGUACAUAACCCGCGAAUUUUCACUCCGUGUCCUCUCUCUGUGGUGUGAACUGCUUAGUUAACAUUGUUUGUGUUGUGGUUUUGGGUCUUCCUACCUUUCAGUGACUGCUGAUUACACGUGUUACACUACCUGGCAUUUUCUGUGUUGAAGUAUGGUGGUGAUUAUACAUUUGUGCCUAGUGCAUUUGUAAUUAACGUGAAACCAAAUUAUAGAUGGAAGAAUUUCUAGAAUUCCUAUUUGGCUCUCGCCUUCCCAAGUCAUAACUUGAAAGUCACAGCUAUAUAGCUAUGGCGGAAACCUAGCCAAAAAUUAGUUUGGUGUAAAUUCUAUUACAUUCUCGACUCAGAGCGACAAACAAUGCGAAAGUUUCUAUUUCUCAAGCUGUCUGCGGUAUUACUUUGGUCUAGGGUACAGAAAAAAAAAUGUAAAAAUGGAUAUUUGUUGAAUUUUGUCUCCUAUUUGGUUUGUAUUUGUGAUUCGUACUUUAGCUGUAAAAAUGAACACACCUGAACCUACUAUUCAGAAUAUUUUGGACUCAAAUACUUUGCGUUGGAUCUUUGUCGGAGGUAAAGGUGGAGUUGGAAAAACGACAUGCAGUUGCAGCAUUGCUGUUCAAAUGGCCAAAGUGCGUGAACGUGUUCUCAUUUUGAGCACGGAUCCUGCUCAUAACCUUUCGGAUGCGUUUGACCAAAAGUUUUCGAAAAAUCCUACUAAAGUUAGGGGUUUUAAUAAUCUUUUUGCUAUGGAAAUUGAUCCAAAUGUGAACUUAGGAGAGUUCGAAGAGGAUCUGGUUGGUUCUGAAGAAGCAGCAGUUUCCGCUGAUAUACGUAAAACCAUCGGUCACUUGAUGACUUCUUUCCCUGGAGUGGAUGAGUAUAUGUCUUAUACAGAGGUGUUUCGGUUGGUCCGCAAUAUGGAUUAUUCAGUCGUCAUUUUUGAUACUGCUCCUACUGGCCACACACUACGAUUGUUAGCGUUUCCAGAGGCUAUGGAGAAAAGCCUUAGCAAGGUAGUCUCAAUGAAAAAUCAGUUCGCUCCAAUUUUAAACCAAUUAAUGGGUUUAGUCGGAAUGAACAGUACACAAGGUGGUGAUUUAACAAAUGCAAUAGAAACACGUUUACCUAUCGUUAAAGAAAUAACAAAGCAGUUUAAAGAUUCCACUCAGACUACAUUUGUAUGUGUUUGCAUACCCGAAUUCUUAAGCAUGUACGAAACGGAACGCUUAGUUCAAGAACUCACUGCACACGAUAUUGAUGUCCACAAUGUCAUUGUAAAUCAACUAUUGUUCCCAAAUUUAUUGUCAUGUGAUGUCUCAUCUAAGGAUCAUUCGAAUGAACCUCCAUCUAAUUGUCGAAUGUGCUUAGCACGUCAUCGAAUACAAUCGAAAUAUCUGGAACAAAUUUUAGAACUAUAUGAAGACAUGCAUGUCAUACAAUUACCUCAAUUAGAAAAUGAGGUAAGAGGAAUCAAGUCUGUUCAAGAAUUCUCCGAACUUCUUUUAAACCCUUACCGUAGGAAAUAAAAAUUAUAGGGUUUGCACGUUAUUUGUAAAAAUGAUGUUGUUUGUACACUUUUGUAAUUAUUCUUUCCUUUGAAAAAAUAUUAAACGUUUUUUUCUAAAGAACUGAUUCGAAAAUAACAUGCAUGUUAACAGUUGUUUCUUUAGCACUGAAAACAUCCUUAGUAAAUUUUCAUUUUAAGUUGAUUUUUAAUUUGUUUAUGUAAUUGGUUCCAAAAAUCCGUUCACUAAUAUAACUGACACAUUUUCAACAGAGAUUAUUAUAAUGCAUAGGCGGCUGAAAAGGGAUUUCGAUUUUUUAUUUGGAGGUUUCUGUGUCUGUUGCGUGUGUAAGAUAUUUGGAUAUUCAUUUUGAUUGGUGCAUUUUUGGAUAAUGUAAUUACAUAUUAAGUAAUUGUACUUUCAGGAUUCUAAUCAACUCAGAAAACGUACUGAACGUCUUAUAUUUAGUUCCUAUUU